GCUUGUCAUUUCACUUCCGGUUUUCAGUUUCUGCGCACAUUACUAAACAGCAACUACUGUAAAGAGGUAAAAAAAAUGCUUUUUGAGUUAUAAAAUUUAAUUUUGAUGGCAAAGAGGCGUGCAGAGGAAAGGCUGCUGUUUGAAUCCCCGACCAAGCGGAGAUACGCCCAGCCGCUUAGCAAGGCUGAUAUUUGGCUGGAGAGCAUGGUUCCGACCGGGGGAGUGAGAAGUCGCUGCAGGAAAAGACCGCACUCUUUAGAAAAUGAGGAGAAGGCAGAAGAAGCAGCGCCCUGCCUCACGAGACCGCUGUGCGAGUCGAAGAAACCUCCAGCUGUUUCGAGGGAGCCGAUUUCUGAAAGCUUUCAGGACGAAUGCACCUCCUCGCGCACCACCCAGGUCCAGAAGCGACCCCGCGUGGACCACGUGGGCGCAGAGGCAGUUUUACCUUCAUGCAAUGAUAAGGCAGUGGGAAACGGCCAUGCUGAAGACAGCAUUUACAACUCAUUCCAGUACUGGAGGGUUCCCUUACCUGCGCUAGACCUUUCAUUACUAGAUGAUCUCAGUGAUUCUUCACAAACAAAGCAUGAGCCAAAAGUCACUGACUCUAAUUUGGAUGCCAUGGAGACCUGAAACUAAUGGGUACAACAGGUCUUUUAGUUAAACUCUUGUCAGGCAGGGUGAGGAAAGUGGGAUGCUUCCAGGUGUGGUGGUACACCUGAGCAUCAGAAUGGAGAUUUAGUGAGCCUCAGAGACGGGCUAUGAAACAGGCUGCUUUUAGUCCGUUUUAUAGAGGUUCAGCAGAAUUGUAGUUUAUAUACACAUGCCAGCUCACUUUAUGUAAGUAGUUAUUUAGUUUCUGCAUUUGUAAGAGUUAUUGACAGCAUCUCAGUUGUAGAUGAUGGUUUUAGGAUGAAAAUAUACUAAAUAAAAAUGUUACACUCUGUUG